AUGCAGAGGGCAUAAUCUUCAGAUACUAUGAUGGUUACAUUUUAUGAUUUAGAUCUACCUCCAGACUAGCCUUAAAAAGGAUUUAGAUUAUACUACAAUACACAAGUUUCGGAUGUCAUAACAUAUAUUAAGAAAAGUUUGAAUAAUGAUUAAGAAAUUGAAUUAUAAUUUGAAAAAAAUAAGCCAUUUGAUGGAAGGCUUGACACUUAAGUAAUUAAUAUUAUGAAAUAUUUAUAAACCAGAUAAAUUUUUUAUAGAAAAAUUAAUUCCUAAAUAUUAAAUUCCUAUACUAUCUAAUAACUCUCAUCGGUUGAAUAAGGUAAGUAAAUAAACUUUAACUAAUAAUUUGAUAACUAAAUUCAUCUGAAUAAAUAAGAAACAAAUUCGAGUGAAUAGUAACUUUUAUCAAUUAGUCUAAUACAUUAAUAAGAACAAGGUAUUUGGAAGCGAACUACAGAACACUCUUCAUAAAUUCCUAUAUUGAAUGGAACCACUACAUAAAAUUAUUUCAAUUUUGAUUAAAGUAAAAUAGAAUUAAGUUAAAAAUCAGAAUAGAUCAUAGGUAAAAAUAAAAUUCAUAAUUAUCGGAAUUCGGGGUAUUUUAUUUAUUUUAUAAAGAAUAUAAAUUUAUCAAUCAUAAUAAUAUCCUUAAGAAUUAUAAUAAUUAAAAUAGGAAAAAUAAUAAAUAGAAUAAUAAUACUUUUAAUUAUAAAAAGAUUUGUCUCAAAUAAAGUAAAAAUAAUAUCAUUUAUUAGAAAUUUAUCACAAGCAUAUGAAUAAUAAAUAAGUUAAUCAAAGAUUGAAAUUUCAAAUUUAACGAAAGAAAUCAAUGAAUUAAAGUAAGAUAUAUUGUAAAUCUAAUUUAGGCUAUUAAAUAAUAAAUAUGAUAAGGAAUGUUAAAAUUUAAAUAAUGAAAAUCUCUCUUUAUAAAAUGAAUUCAAACAAACUAAGUUAAACCUAUAAUCAUAAUUAUUAUAAUUAAAAGUAUUAAAUUAGGAAAGAGAUAAUGAAAAGUAAUAUAAAUAAUAAAUUUAGAAAAUUAACUUAAAACAAUACUAAUAAAUUGUAAGAAGAAAAUCAAAAGUUAAAGAAUGAAAAUAUCUCUUUAUAAACUGAACUUAAAGAAACCAAGUUUAACCUAUAAUCAUAAAUAGAAGUAUUAAAUAAGGGAUUAGAUAAUCAAAAGUACUAUAAAUAAUAAAUUUAGAUAAUUAACUUAAGACAAUACUAAUAAAUUGUAAGAAGAAAAUCAAAAGUUAAAGAAUGAAAAUAUCUCUUUAUAAACUGAACUUAGAGAAACCAAGUUUAACCUAUAAUCAUAAAUAGAAGUAUUAAAUAAGGGAUUAGAUAAUCAAAAGUACUAUAAAUAAUAAAUUUAGAUAAUUAACUUAAGACAAUACUAAUAAAUUGUAAGAAGAAAAUCAAAAGUUAAAGAAUUAAAAUCUCUAUUUAUAAAAUGAAUUUAAACAAACUAAGUUUAACUUAUAAUCAUAAAUAGAAUUAUUAAAAAAGGAAAGAGAUAAUGAAAAGUAAUAUAAAUAAUAAAUUUAGAAAAUUAACUUAAAAAAAUACUAAUAAAUUGUAAGAAGAAAAUCAAAAGUUAAAGAAUGAAAAUAUCUCUUUAUAAACUGAACUUAAAGAAACCAAGUUUAACUUACAAUCAUAAUUAGAAGUAUUAAAUUAGGAAAGAGAUAAGUAAAAUAAUGAAUAAUAAGUAUAAAUUUAAAAUCUUCGUGAUUAAAAUACGUUUUUAGAGUAUUAAAUGCAUUUAACUUAGAAAAUCUUUAAAAAAAUUUGAAAAAAACUUUAUUACUAUAUGUGGUUUAAUGAAUAUUCAAACUAAGAAGAUUCUAGAAAGGAGAAUAGAUAAUCAUGAUUGCAUAUCCAAUUUAACUUUCAGAGAAAUCAAAGAUGUAUUAGAAAGUGCCUUGAUAAUGUAAAAGUAAGUUCAUUGCAAAUGCUAUAAGGAACAAUUAUUACCACUUAAUCUAUUUCAGUAACUAUUAAUCCUUCUGGAACAAUAUUUAAAAAUGAUAUACCAAAAAUAGUUAUUAACAUUAAUUAGAAUAUAAAGGAAUGCUUAAUUACCAAUAUAUAAAUGUAACUCAAAAAAUUGCAACUUUAUAUUCAUUUUUAAAAGUAAUGAAGAAUAUUAAGAAACAAAAAUGAACUAAUAAUUUUAUUGCCAAAACUGUGAAUAAUUUUGUUAAGCAUAAAAAAUAUGA